AUGGACCCAACGGAGAUACGUCUGCUGUCUGCUCCUAUCAUACUCGGGAUCCAUCUCAAUUGGGGCCUAGAAGGCAUAUUGCUGGUGCAAACAUACAUCUACAACGCGCGAUACACGUCCGAUCCGCUGCGAUUCAAGGUCCUCGUGUAUGGUGUGUUCGUCUACGAGACGGUUCAAGCAUGCCUGCUCGUGGGCGACAUAUUCCACUACUGGGUGUAUAACUACGGAGAUCCUGACGUCCUAGUGAUGCUGAGCAAUAUGUGGUUCAGCAUCUUCGUCAUGGGCGGUAUCAUGGCUGCUGUCGUACAGAGUUUCUACGCAUGGCGUAUAUGGAAGAUCGAACAGCAUCUUCUCAUGACUGUGCCAAUCGUCAUUAUUUCUUUCGCUCAACUGGCACUUGCCAUAACGAGUGGGGUCAAGACGAAGCUGCUACAAUCGGUUGUUCUGGAGCACCGUAUUGCAGCUUUCAUCGAGGCUUGGCUGGCCUGUGCUUUACUGGCCAAUUUCAUCGUCUCAAUCACCAUGACCGUUCAUCUUCUCAAGAGCGGCCGAACCACUGGAAGCACCCCUAUCAGUCGUGCCCUCGCGUUCCUUGUGGAGUCCGGAGCAUUGCUCGCUAUAUUUACCCUCGCUGAACUCGUUCUAUACAUUGUGGAGUUGGAAACCAAUAUGCAUCUGCUUUUUGCUCUGGUGUCGUCGAAAAUCUAUGCCAAUAGUCUGCUGAUGAGUUUCAACAACCGCGCACUCCCGGGCAUGAACACGAAGGGGUUCUUCUCACCGUUCCAUACAAGUAACACUCGACUUGGAACUGCCAGCACUGGGACCCAGAUGAUCUUUGCCCAAGCACAGGGCACGGCUGCUCUGGGAAUACGCUCGAUGAGUGUCAAGGAAACCUUUGAUUGA